CACACACAGGCGCGCACUCACGCGCGCGCCCCCGCCGCCCCGCGCGCGCCCGCCCGUCUCUGCGCCUGCCCUCCCCGCUCGCUCCUGCUCUCGCCUCCUCCUCGCCGUCCCUGCGGUCUCGGGCUCUGCGCGCGCCCCCACGCACACGCACACACGCGCGCACACGCGCAGCCGGUACAGGCGGCGGCGGCGGCGGCGGCGGCGGCUGCUCAAGUCAGGACGAUCCUCUCUAGGUACCGUCUUGAGCCGGCGGCGGCGGCGGCGGCGGCGGCGGCGGCGGCGGCAGCCCGAGCAUCCCUGCUCGCCCCGGAGAGCGAGCGAGCGAGCGGCGCCCAGAGUUGCCAUUCCCUCGGCCGUUCCCUUCCCCCCUUCCUCCCCUUGAUUUUUCGAGACAAUUUCUUCUCCGCUUAUCGGUUCAAUUUGAUUUGGAGAAUUUUGGGUUGCUUUUGUGUGUGUGCUUUUUUAUUUUCCCACCCCCCCUCCUCCCUUCCUCAUUUUAUUUGCAUCCAGAGCAUGGCGGGCUGCGGGCUGUCGGAAGACACCUUCUCUCCCUUCUUUUACAACUACGGCUCCUCCUGGGAAACCCCUUCCAACCAGGUUUUUUUGCGAAAAUCAGUGAACUUAUAUUGGUAAAAUUGGAGCCCCAUGGAUGAAGGGUACUUUUGUGCAGCUCUGGUUGGUGAAGACCAGCCUCUUUGCCCAGAUCUUCCUGAACUUGACCUCUCUGAACUAGACGUGAACGACUUGGAUACAGACAGCUUUCUGGGUGGACUCAAGUGGUGCAGUGACCAAUCAGAAAUAAUAUCCAAUCAGUACAACAAUGAGCCUUCAAAUAUAUUUGAGAAGAUAGAUGAAGAGAAUGAGGCGAACUUGCUAGCAGUUCUCACAGAGACACUGGACAGUCUCCCUGUGGAUGAAGACGGAUUGCCCUCAUUCGAUGCACUGACAGAUGGAGAUGUGACCACGGAGAAUGAGGCUAGUCCUUCCUCCAUGCCUGACGGCACUCCUCCCCCUCAGGAGGCAGAAGAGCCGUCUCUACUUAAGAAGCUGUUACUGGCACCGGCCAACACUCAGCUAAGUUAUAAUGAAUGCAGUGGUCUCAGCACUCAGAACCAUGCAAACCACAAUCACAGGAUCAGAACAAACCCUGCAGUUGUUAAGACCGAGAAUUCAUGGAGCAAUAAAGCGAAGAGCAUUUGUCAACCGCAAAAGCCACAAAGACGUCCCUGCUCGGAGCUUCUCAAGUAUCUGACCACAAACGAUGACCCUCCUCACACCAAACCCACAGAGAACAGGAACAGCAGCAGAGACAAAAGCACCUUCAAGAAGAAGUCCCAUACACAAUCCCAGUCGCAUCAUUUACAAGCCAAACCAACAACUUUAUCUCUUCCUCUGACCCCAGAGUCACCAAAUGAUCCCAAGGGUUCCCCAUUUGAGAACAAGACUAUUGAACGAACCUUAAGUGUGGAACUCUCUGGAACUGCAGGCCUAACUCCACCCACUACUCCUCCACAUAAAGCCAACCAAGAUAACCCUUUCAGGGCUUCUCCCAAGCUGAAGCCCUCUUGUAAGACUGUGGUACCUCCACCAUCCAAGAAGCCCCGCUACAGUGAGUCUUCGGGUACCCAAGGCAAUAACUCCACCAAAAAAGGGCCCCAACAGUCUGAGCUGUACGCACAGCUCAGCAAGACCUCAGUGCUCACCAGUGGACAGGAGGAGAGGAAGACCAAGCGGCCGAGUCUGCGGCUGUUCGGUGACCAUGAUUACUGUCAGUCAAUUAAUUCCAAAACGGAAGUACUCAUUAAUAUUUCACAGGAGCUCCAAGACUCCGGACAACUAAACUAUAAAGAUGCCUCCUCCAAUGGUCAGGGGCAGAUUUGUUCUUCCACAGAUUCAGACCAGUGCUACCUGAGAGAGACUGUGGUGGCCGGCAAACACACCUCUCCUUGCAGCGCCCGGAAACAGCUCCAAGACCAGGAAAUCCGAGCCGAGCUGAACAAGCACUUCGGUCAUCCCAGUCAAGCUGUUUUUGACGACGAAGCAGACAAGACCAGUGAACUGAGGGACAGUGAUUUCAGUAAUGAACAAUUCUCCAAACUACCUAUGUUUAUAAAUUCAGGACUAGCCAUGGAUGGCCUGUUUGAUGACAGCGAAGAUGAAAGUGAUAAACUGAGCUACCCUUGGGAUGGCACGCAGUCCUAUUCAUUGUUUGAUGUGUCACCUUCUUGCUCUUCUUUUAACUCUCCGUGUAGAGACUCUGUGUCACCACCCAAAUCCUUAUUUUCUCAAAGACCCCAAAGGAUGCGCUCUCGUUCAAGGUCCUUUUCUCGACACAGGUCGUGUUCCCGAUCACCAUAUUCCAGGUCAAGAUCACGGUCCCCAGGAAGUAGAUCAUCUUCAAGAUCUUGCUACUACUAUGAGUCCAGCUACUGCAGACACCGUGCACACCGAAAUUCUCCUCUGUGCGCAAGAUCACGGUCGAGAUCCCCCUACAGCCGUCGGCCCAGGUAUGACAGCUAUGAGGAAUAUCAGCACGAGAGGCUGAAGAGGGAAGAAUACCGCAAGGAGUAUGAGAAGCGGGAGUCCGAGCGGGCCAAGCAAAGAGAGAGGCAGAGACAGAAGGCAAUUGAAGAACGCCGUGUGAUUUAUGUUGGUAAAAUCAGGCCUGACACAACACGGACAGAACUGAGGGACCGUUUUGAAGUUUUUGGUGAAAUUGAGGAGUGCACAGUAAAUCUGCGGGAUGAUGGAGACAGCUAUGGUUUCAUUACCUACCGCUAUACCUGUGAUGCUUUUGCUGCUCUUGAAAAUGGAUAUACUUUGCGCAGGUCAAAUGAAACUGACUUCGAGCUGUACUUUUGUGGACGCAAGCAAUUUUUCAAGUCUAACUAUGCAGACCUAGAUUCAAAUACAGAUGACUUUGAUCCUGCUUCCACCAAGAGCAAGUAUGACUCUCUGGAUUUUGACAGUUUACUGAAAGAAGCUCAGAGAAGCUUGCGCAGGUAACAUGUUCCCUGGCUGAAGAUGACAGAGGGACAGUGAAUACCUCACAGGACAGCGCGUCCUUCCCUACCAGACUAUUGCAAGUCAUACUUACAAUUUCUCCUACUUUACACUCUCCAUACAAAAACAAAACAAAACAAAGCAACAACAAUACAGCAAGAACAACAACAACAACAAACAACAAUGGUUUACAUGAACAUAGCUGCUGAAGAGGCAAGAGACAGAAUGGAUAUCUAGUAAGCACAUGUCUAUUCAGGUGUCAGCUUUGCUUUCCCUGGAGUCUCCUGGUGAUGGGGUGUGUGUGCGUGUGUGCGCGCGCGCGUGUGUGUGUGUGUGUGUGGGUGCGUGCACGCAUGCAUAUAUGUUGGGGGAAAGUAUGUGUGUACAUGUAGGGACUGGGGCACCUAAUGAGAGUGUGCAAGAGGAAACCACUUCAAAUGGCAGCAGUUCAAUGAAGACACACUUAAAACCUAAAACUUCAAAAUGUUCGUGUUCUAUUCAAAAGGAAAAACAUAACGCAUACAUUCAAAAGGAAAGAAAACUAACCAACUUACCACAAACCACCCGAAAAUGACAGCUGCUGAUGUCUGGGCAUCAGUUUCCGUACUCUGUUUUGUAAGAACGUGCAAAAUCAACUCGAAGCAAGCUUUCUCUUAUAAUGUAAUGAUUAUAUGACAAUCCCGAAGCAAACACAGAUUCCAUAGGACUAAUAUCCUUUUUUUCCUUCUCUCUCUUUCUCUCUCUCUCAUUCUCUCUCUCUCUAUUCUCUAUCUCCUCUCUCUCUCUUCUUCCAUUUUUCCUUUUGCCAUGGAGUCUGGGUGGGAGAAGAUACUGCGGGCACUGGAAUGCUAAACUUUCCUAACAUUUUGAAGUUUCUGUAGUUCGUCUUUUAUCCUGACACCUCUGUCCAUGUCCAAAAUGUUGAUCUUCCACUACAGAUUUUUGAAGCGUUGUCAGUGGUCAAGCCUGCUGUUUUUUCAGUGGUUCUUUCUGAGGAGCAGGCGCGGUGUUACAUUACUAAGGAGAGUUUGUGUGAAACUCUCUGAGGUGUGUUCAGAUAGUGUAACUGCUACAUUCUCUGAUGUAGUUAAGUAUUUACAGAUGUUAAAUGGAGUAUUUUUAUUUUGUGUACAUACUCUACAACAAUGUUCUUUUUUUGUUACAGCUAUGCACUGUAAAUGCAGCCUUCUUUUCAAAACUGCUAAAUUUUUCUUAAUCAAGAAUAUUCAAAUGUAAUUAUGAGGUGAAACAAUUAUUGUACACUAACAUAUUUAGAAGCUGAACUUACUGCUUAUAUAUAUUUGAUUGUAAAAACAAAAGACAGCGUGUAUGUCCGUUGAGUACAGCCACAACAAAACGAUGCUUUAUGCACAUCAUCCCUUAGGUGAGCUUCAAUCUAAGCAUCUUGUCAAAAAAUAUCCUAGUCCCCUAAAGGUAUUAACCACUUCUGCAAUAUUUUUCCACAUUUUCUUGUUGCUUGUUUUUCUUUGAAGUUUUAUACACUGGAUUUGUUAGGGGAAUGAAAUUUUCUCAUCUAAAAUUUUUCUAGACAAUAUCAUGAUUUUAUGUAAAGUCUCAAUGGGUAACCAUUAAGAAAUGUUUUUAUUUUCUCUAUCAACAGUAGUUUUGAAACUAGAGGUCAAAAAUCUUUUUAAAAUGCUGUUUUGUUUUAAUUUUUUGUGAUUUUAAUUUGAUACAAAAUGCUGAGGUAAUAAUUACAGUAUGAUUUUUACAAUAAUUAAUGUGUGUCUGAAGACUAUCUUUGAAGCCAGUAUCUCUUUCCCUUGGCAGAGUAUGAUGAUGGUAUUUAUCUGUAUUUUUUACAGUUAUGCAUCCUGUAUAAAUACUGAUACUUCAUUCCUUUGUUUACUAGAGAGACAUAUUUAUCAGUUGCAGAUAGCCUAUUUAUUAUAAAUUAUGAGAUGAUGAAAAUAAAUAAAGCCAGUGGAAAUUUUCUACCUAGGAUGCAUGGCAAUUGUCAGGUUGGAGUUGUUUCAUUUGGGAAAUUCAGCUUUUGCAGAAGCAGUGUUUCUACUUGCACUAAGCAUGGCCUCUGACAUGACCAUGGUGUUGUUCUCGAUGACAUUGCUCCUGCUAAGUUCAAUAAAAACAAACUUCAGAAAAACCUCCAUCUUGAGCAUCAGGAUUUCAUCUGAGUGUGGAGGCCCUGGAACGGAAGUCAGUAAUAUGUGGAGUGUGUAUUCAAGUUUCUAAAUUGAGAUUCGAUUACAGUUUGGCCAACGUGACUUUUCUGGAAGACGUGAUAUACCUACUACUUAGUCGCUCUUUUCCUUUCUCUCACCCAACAUGAUCUUAUGAAAUGGAUUUCACCUCCCCCCCAGGCCGAUGCAGCUCAUUUUAAUAGCUGCAUUCAUUUAUCACCAGCAUAUUGUGUUCUGAGUGAAUCCACUGUCUGUCCUGUCGGAUGCUUGCUUGAUUUUUUGGCUUCUUAUUUCUAAGUAGAUAGAAAGCAAUAAAAAUACUAUGAAAUACAAGAGCUUGUUCACAGGUUCUGCGUUACAACAGUAACACAUCUUGAAUCCGCCUAAUUCUUGUUGUUCUGUAGGUUAAAUACAGGUAUUUUAACUCUGUGUGAAUGCCAAACUAAAGUUUACAGUCUUUCUUUCUGAAUUUUGAGUAUCUUCUGUUGUAGAAUAAUAAUAAAAAGACUAUUAAGAGCAAUAAAUUAUUUUUAAGAAAUCAAUAUUUAGUAAAUCAUAUUAUGUGUUCAAGGACCAGAUGCGUUCUCUAUUUUGCCUUUAAAUUUUUGUGAUCCAAUUUUAAAGACAUUCUCCUUUUUGCCCUGGAUGGAGUAAAAUACAUGGGUUUCUUUUCUUACUUAUCAAAGAUAGCACUGCAGAUUUCAUGUUGAGGAUUAAUUUAUCCGCCCCCCCCCCCGGCCUGACAAAUAUUCUUACAUGAAGAUAGUUUUCCUCCAUGGAUGUCAAGUUGCUUUAAAAUAAGAGCAAAGAGAGAAUCACUAAACCAUCCCAAUAGAGCUUUUGUAUCUUGUGCAGACACUGUGGGUAGCCCAUCAAGAUGUAAACUGUUCUCCUUUCAUUUUUAUUUUUAAUUUUUGGAGAGAAUAUUUCAAAUGAACACAUGCACCCCAUCAUCACUGGAGGUAAAUUUCAGCAUAGAUCUUUAGGUUUUCAGAUGACCGUGGGCUGUUGCCUUCAUGCUGUGGUAAGAACCACAUCUACAAUUUUGGUAACUGAACUGGUGCUUUAGAAGUGCGUGCAUGUGUGUGUGUGUGUGUGUGUGUGUGUGUGUGUGUGUGUGUGUGUGUGUAAGUUAAAGAGAUGUAGCAGAAUAAUUCUUCCAGUGCAACAAAAUUGAUUUUUGCUAAACGACUCCAAGAACGACAGUUGGGCUGUCAACAUUCAAAGCAGCAGAGAGGGAACUUUGCACUAUUGGGGUGUUAUGGUUGGGUCAGUUGAAAAAGGAAACCUUUUCAUGCCUUUAGAUGUGAGCUUACAGUAGGUAAUGAUUAUGUGUCCUUUUUUGAUGGCUGUAUCGAGAACUUCAAUCACUGUAGUCUAAGACCUGAUCUAUAGAUGACCUAGAAUAGCCAUGUAAUAUAAUGUGAUGAUUCUAAAUUUGUACCUAUGUGACAGACAUUUUCCAUAAUGUGAACUGCUGAUUUGAUGGAGCUACUUUAAGAUUUGUAGGUGAAAGUGUAAUAACUGUUGGUUGACUAUGCUGAAGAGGGAAAGUGAGAGAUUAGUUGAGCCCUUCCUGGGCCUUUUUUUUUCCACCUGCCAAUUCUACAUGUAUUGUUGUGGUUUUAUUCAUUGUAUGAAAUUUCCUGUGAUUUUUUUUAAAUGUGCAGUACACAUCAGCCUCACUGAGCUAAUAAAGGGAAACGAAUGUUUCA